AUGAUUGGAGGGCGCACUGCGCAUUCACAAUUUGCAAUACCGAUUAUUGUGAAUGAGGAUUCCACGUGUAAUAUAUCACAGGGGAGUGAUUUAGCUGAACUGAUCAUCAAAUGUAGUUUAAUUAUUUGGGAUGAAGCUCCUAUGAUGCAUAAACACUGUUUUGAAGCAUUAGAUAGAACCAUGCGAGAUUUGUUACGAUUUACAAAUUCAUUAUGUCCUAAUUUACCAUUUGGAGGGAAGACUGUUGUACUAGGAGGUGAUUUCCGCCAAAUAUUGCCAGUGAUACCAAGGGUUGGUAGACAGGAUAUUGUUGGUGCUGCUAUUAAUUCUUCGUAUUUGUGGGCUCAUUGUACGGUUUUGAGAUUGACACAGAAUUUGAGAUUGCAGAGUGUUGGUACUGAUGAUGAAAGGCAAGAGUUAUCUACUUUUGCUAAUUGGAUUGCUUCAAUCGGUGAUGGUGAAGCUGGUGGACCAAAUGAUGGUGACGUAGAGGUUCUCAUUCCACAUGAGAAUUUGUUGCAUACAAAUGGUGAUCCAAUCCAAGGAAUUGCGGAAAGUACAUUUCCUAUGUUUCGAGAACAACAACAUGACGCUGAUUAUUUAAUUAGUCGAGCAAUUUUGGCACCAACUCUUGAAGUUGUAGACGAAGUUAAUGCGUACAUGACCAACUUGAAUGUUGCUGAGUGUAGGACCUAUUUUAGUUUUGAUUCGGUCUGCCCCACUAAGAGUACCUCUGAUGUUGUGGCUGGGUUACACACUCCGGAGUUAUUGAACGGGCUAAAAUGUUCUGGGUUACCAAAUCAUUGCUUAACAUUGAAGAUUGGGUCUCCUGCUAUGUUGUUGCGAAAUAUUGACCCUUCAGCUGGGUUGUAUAAUGGUACACGGUUAAUUAUUACAAGAUUAGCAGACCACGUUGUUGAAGCAAAGCUCUUAUUUGGCAAUGCAGCAGGCUCCAAAGUUCUGAUCCCGCGUCUGUCCCUAACACCAUCUGACAGUACAUUGCCCUUCAAAUUUCAAAGGAGGCAGUUCCCGCUUAUGCUGUCCUAUGCAAUGACAAUAAAUAAAAGUCAAGGACAAACACUUUCUACUGUUGGCCUAUUUCUAAGAAAACCUGUUUUUGUACAUGGCCAGCUAUAUGUUGCAUUGUCUAGAGUCAGUUCACCAAGAGGGCUUAAGUUACUCAUUUGCAACGAAGAUGAAAAGUGUGCUUCUUCAACAAUGAAUGUUGUGUACAAAGAAGUGUUUAAUAAUUUAUAA